UAGCAGUACUUGUAUUUUACAACAAGUCUAGAACCUUCUAAACCCCUUGCCCAAUCGGAGAGAAAACCCUAGAUUUGUUGGACCCUCAAUCCUCUUCUUUUUCCUUGCUUAGCCGAAGAACAAAUGGUGUGGUUUCAGUGCGAAGACUGCGGUGAGAACCUCAAGAAGCCAAAGCUUCCCAAUCACUUCAGGAUUUGCUCUGCCUCCAAGCUAUCUUGCAUCGAUUGUGGAGAGAUAUUCGGGCAGCAAAAUGUUCAGAGCCACACACAGUGCAUUACUGAAGCGGAGAAAUAUGGUCCUAAGGGCCAAAAUAAAGUUUCAAAUGGUACCACUCCUAAGUCUAACAAGGACUCAAAGCAAAAACCUGAAGUUGAUAUAAAUGUUGGGCUAUCUGAACAACCUCCAUGGUUUUGUAGCCUUUGUAACACCAAAGCUACCAGUAGGCAGACCUUGCUUCUUCAUGCCGAUGGAAAGAAGCACAGAGCAAAGGCCAGAGCACAUCAUGCUGCUAAUCAACCCAAACAGUUGGAAGAAGCUCCAGAUAUGAAGCUUUCAAUGGAAAACACUUUGAAGAGUGAAGUUUCCUACAAUAAACUUGUAGACGAACCAAAAAUGCAAGACUUUCAUACAGAUGAAACGGUGCAUAUAAAUUCUGAAACAGUGGAUGGAAACUUGCCAUCUAGUAAAAAGAGAAAACACCAGGCAUCUAAAACAGAUGGUACGAGGAAAAAGGCUGGGAGUGAGGCUUCAGGUGAAGGCAAUGGGGAAGUGAUCCAGGCAGAAGACGCAGAGAUGUCAUCAAAGAAAGUUAAAAACAGUGAACCUAAAGAAGACAAGUUGGCUGAAUGUAGACCUACCAACACCUGUGAAGACUUUAAAACAGACGUAAAAUGGAAGAAGUUGAUCAAGUCAGCCCUGAAAACUAGUUCAGGUGGAGUUGUGAAGUUGAAGAAACUGAGAAAACUUGUCCUGAAGUCUCUCCAGGAAUCUGGCAUCCAGGGAGAUAAAACACAGCUCAGUAAUAUGCUUGAUCAAAAGAUCAAUUCAAGCUCCAGGUUCUCUGUUGAUGGCAAAUAUGUCCGUCUUGUGGCCAAAAAUUGAAAGUUUUUGGGAAUUGGAGUAAUUUUUUUAAUUCUAUUGAUUUCUCCAUUGGUUAAGAACUUAACGAAUACCUUAGGCAGUUCUUGUUUCUCGUUUGGGCUAAGAUAUAUAUCCGGUAUUCGAUGGAGCCCAGGCCUUGUUCUAUUCUUCUGCACGUUCUGUGCUAGAGAAAUUUUGCAACUUUCAUGACAAUUUUGAUGCGAGCUUAUAAAUUUUGUUCUUGUCCUUUUUUGCUAUACAUUUAAACAUUGGAAAAGGGUUAUAGAGUGGACUUCUUGUCUCCUGA